ACCAUCCACAGACACAGCACACACACUGCGCACUUGAUGCCCGGCCAUGUGGAACCUGUUUGGCGAGUUUCGUAGAUUUUGUUUUCCAAGUCAUGAUUUUGAUUUGUGUUUCAUCUAAACCACAUUCAUUCAUCUGCCAAUCUUUGCACACAACACAACAAUGUCUACGCCAAGUCCAAUGUUGAAGGAACAGCUGCUUACCCUGGAUAAUCCCGUCUUCUGUUGUUAUCUAUUUUGGGCCACUGUGUUGGUUGUGAAAAUGCUGCUAAUGUCGCUGCUAACGGCGCUGCAGCGUUUUCGCUACAAGAUAUUCCCCAACGAAGAGGAUCUGUUUUUCAAGAACAUCGAAGUGCAGUUUGAUGAUCCACAUGUGGAACGCGUUCGCAGAGCCCAUCGCAAUGACAUGGAGAACAUUCUGCCAUAUUUCAUUAUGGGUUUGAUCUAUCUGAGCACCGAUCCCUCACCCACGGUGGCCUGCAAUUUAUUCCGCGUUGCCGCCGUUGCACGCAUCCUUCAUACGCUCGUCUAUGCCGUGUAUCCAGUGCCGCAGCCAUCGCGCAUUUUGGCCUUUGCCACCAUGUUGCUGAUUACGUUCUACAUGGCCGCCGUUGUGGCCUUGCGUACGCUUAGCUUUAUUUAAUUAGAGUAUUAAAUAGUAAAAACAACACACACACACACACGCACGCGCACACGGAUUCGGGUAGUUUAAGUAAAGGCGCGUUAAACAACAUGCCGACGACGUCACAGUUUUACCGGUUUGAUCAGGGCUGCACACACAUGUAUGUAAACUAGGGCUGUAGUACAACUUACAAUAAAAUGCAUGUCAAUGUUGACGUCAUAGUUGCCACUGACAGUCAACUGCAGCGCAGUGCUGUCCUGACGUCACAAUAGCAAAGUUGCUGGGCAAAGCAGCAGUUAACGUCACAAUUGCACAGCGCUGACGUCGCAGUUGCCAAUUACUCGAAUGCAAUCGAAUGCAAGCCUUACGUCACAGCCGCAAAGCGUUGUAUACCUUACAUAGUAAUCGCACCUUGACAAGAUUGUUAUACAUUAAUUAGUAAACAAACACAAAUUGCGCUUUUUUUGGUUCAACAAUUUUGGUUUCUAUUUUUCCUCUUCGUUUAAAUUAACUAAAAUUAGCUUGAGAUAGCAAAACAAAUAUAAAAAAAAAAAACAUCGCGAAGAGAGAGAGAAAGAGAUAUACAUGUAUUAAUUAUUUAGCCGCAUCUUCUCCCCCGUGACGACUGAAAUAUUCCUUCUAAGUACACCGCGCGACGCCUUUCCCACGCUCAGUCGACCAAUUAGAUUUUGAAUCCCUGGUCUCGCAUACAUUGUUUAUGCGCCUCGAUGAGUUUCGUGCAGUUUUCCUCGCCAUUUUCCACAAUGCUACAAAAAACAAGAGAUGCAUUCAAUAUGUAUACAUAUGUAGUUGCGUCAUGUGGCACGGUGUCAAAAUUGCACACUCACCAUUGGUCACGUGCACGUUUCGUCUCGGGACAAGCGCAGCAAGCCUUGCAUUUCGGUUUAUCGCCGGCGGCAGCGGUAUCCGUAACUUUGGCUGCAGUCGCUGCGGCGGUUUCCACAACUCCGACUCCAUGUGAUGCGUUGCUGCCCAUUGUGUUGUGUGGUUUUGCGAAUCGAAUCGAUGAAUGACUAGCACUAGAAAUAACACUCU